UAGAGCGGACACUAGAGUAUCUGGUCAAUAUAAUGGAUCAUCUGUGGUUUAGUAGUUUUUUUGCGGGUGGUUGCGCCGAUGUGAAAGCGAGGCCGUUGCAAAAUGUUUCGUCUGUUGCAAAACGUUUUUCAACGGAAACCGUUUAGGCCUUCGCCAAACGGAAAACGUUUUGGAACGAAAACGAGAGUUUCAAUUGGUCAAAUUCGCCGUUUCGUUCCGUUUGGUCUGUUCGCUUCCCUUUAGUUCCUAGACUAAACGGUCAACUGUUUCUGUUGCAAAACGUUUUGCAACUGAAUCCUACUAAUGAAUACACCCCAGGAAUCCCACAAUACUAGGCGAAGGAGUUUCUUCUUUUUUUCGUGGCAGAGCUGGUUGUUUCAAACCUCAGUCAAAGCGAAAGCAGAAGUCGCUAUGCUGGGAGAUGUAAGAUGGCAGAGCUGCAAAUGUUGUUAGAGGAAGAAAUUCCAGCCGGCAAAAGAGCUCUUGUAGAGAGUUACCAGAAUCUCACACGGGUGGCAGACUACUGUGAAAACAAUUAUGUUCAGGCCACGGACAAGAGGAAAGCUCUGGAGGAGACCAAAGCCUACACCACCCAGUCUCUGGCCAGCGUGGCCUACCAGAUCAAUGCCUUAGCCAACAACGUGCUGCAGCUGCUGGACAUCCAGGCCUCACAGAUGUGCCGAAUGGAGUCCUCCAUCAAUCACAUCUCUCAGACGGUGGACAUCCACAAGGAGAAGGUGGCCAGGCGAGAGAUCGGGAUCCUCACCACCAACAAGAACACUUCGAGGACCCACAAGAUCAUCGCCCCCGGCAACAUUGAGCGGCCUGUGAGGUACAUCAGGAAACCCAUCGACUACAACGUGCUGGACGAUGUUGGCCAUGGGGUCAAGUGGCUCAAAGCCAAGCAGCAUGGAAACAAUCAGCCAAUCAGAGGAGAAGGAACACUAUCGAGGACCAAUCCGCCGACACAGAAGCCUCCUAGCCCGCCGCCCAUGGCAGGCACCAUGUCAGGGCGUGGCACUAUAGGACGCAACACGCCCUAUAAAACUCUAGAGCCGGUGAGACCGCCCACGGUGCCAAACGACUACAUGACGAGCCCUGCUCGACUAGGCAUCCAGCACAGCCCCGGACGCACUACGUCUCACAACCAGAGACAAAGAACCCACAGUGGUAGUAGUGGGGGUAGCGGCAGCAGGGAGAACAGCGGGAGCAGCAGUAUUGGCAUUCCCAUGGCCGUGCCUACCCCCUCCAUUCCCAACUCUGGACCAGCGGUGACUCCCGGGCCUGGUCUGGGCCCCAUCCCCAUGUCCCAGUUCGGCACCAUUUCGCGGCAGAUCUCGCGGCACAACUCCACCACCUCGUCAGUCUCCAUGGUUUCGGCCACGGGCACCUACCGCCGGGCGCCGUCCGUCACCUCCCAGUUCUCCCUGCAGCAGCAGCAGGCCCUACAGCAUCAACAGCAGCAGCAGAUACAGCAGCCGUACAUUAACGGGGGCACCCCCGCCUACCCCCACAACUCAACUCCCCCUCCUCCCCCCAUGCCUCAGCUGACUCCACAGAUACCUCUGACAGGCUUUGUGGCCAGGGUGCAGGAGAACAUUGCGGACGCCCCUACUCCGCCUCCCCCUCUUCCAUCCGAUGACCUGCCCAUGUUUGAUGAAGCUCCUCCUCCUCCUCCUCCGCCGCCGCCAGUUGACUACGAGGAAGAGGCUGUGGUGCACUACAGUGACCCGUAUGCCGAAGGAGACCCCCAGUGGGCGCCCAAGAGCUACAUAGAGAAAGUGGUGGCCAUCUACGACUACACGGCAGAUAAAGACGACGAGCUGAGUUUCAUGGAGGGAGCCAUCAUCUACAUCAUCAAGAAGAACGACGACGGCUGGUUCGAGGGAAUCAGCAGCGGAGUCACAGGCCUGUUCCCCGGCAACUACGUCGAGUCCAUCAUGCACUAUGCCGACUGAAGGGACCCUACUACACUGUGUUGAUUCAGUGUUUCUACUACAGAUCAAUUAAAACAGAAAUCUGACCUUACAAAGCAUAUGGAAGUGCUUUUGGAUAUGACAGAAUGUUUUGGUCUCUUACUGAUUGCAAAUAAAAUACAAAUAUCUAUUUACUUUA